GUUUCCAGUAAUUUACUGAUUCAUACACAUCCGGAAGUGCACAGGCAACAUGUUUGUCUUAUUUCCCCUGACUCCUGUUUUGAGGGAGUAAUUCUCCACGAUGUACAUUUCAUUAAUGUGCUGCAACAUGCCUCUGAUGAGUUUUCCUCAAAAAGAAAAAAAAAAAAAACCAAUUUCACAGUGAAACUGUAUAUUAAAAGACUAACAAUAAUGAGGUUUGAGAUUAAAAACACUGAUUUUCCGAGUAAUAAUUAUGAGAGCGGUUCAAACAGAUUGUCCCUACUGGUAGGUCAGAGAUUUCUCACUUGAAUGAAGAAAUGUGGAUUUGCACACACGAAAAAACCAGAACAUCUUGUUUUCAUACCUGAGAUGAUAUGAUAACACUGCACUGGAAUUCAAAAGUACAGUAGAGGGGCGGAGUCUGAACACAGAGUUUAAACAGAGAGAAGCUGGAGGAAGUGUUGAGAGUACACACACCACACAAAGAGAGAGAGAGAGAGAGAGAGAGAGAGAGAGAGAGAGAGAGAGAGAAAAGAAACAACAUGAGCUUUCUGCUGCAAAUUCUUCUUGCUUUGUUUAUCUCUCUGCUUGGGGGACUUUACCUCCUUGGAGCCUUUCGUCGUCGAAGGUCUGGAGAACCUCCUCUGGAUAAAGGUCCUCUACCAUGGCUGGGACACGUCCUGGAGUUCAGGAGGGACACUGCAAAGUUUCUAGAGAGGAUGAGAAAGAAGCAUGGGGAUAUUUUCACUGUGCAGCUGGGAGGGUUUUAUUUCACUUUCCUCACAGACCCACUGUCCUUCGGCUCGGUGGUUAAAGAGGCCCGGGCCAAACUGGACUUUAGCGAGUUCGCUAAGCACCUGGUCCAGCGUGUUUUUGGUUACCAUCCCUUAGAAGAUGACGACAAGCUCAUUCAGGCAUCCACCAACAAGCAUCUGAUGGGUGAUGGCCUGGUGGUGAUAUCACAAGCCCUGAUGAACAACCUACAGAACCUCAUGUUGCACAACAUUGGGCCUGGAAAUGAUGAUGACCGACCGUGGCAGGAGGAUGGGCUCUUCGCUUACUGCUAUAACAUCGUGUUUCGAGCCGGAUAUCUGGCGCUUUUUGGAAACGAAGUAGGCAAAACUGCAGGAAGCGUGGAUAAAGCAAAGGAAGUUGACCGAAAGGAGUCAAAUGAGCUCUUUUAUGAGUUCCGUAAAUAUGAUCAACUUUUCCCAAAGCUGGCCUACGGAGUUCUGGGACCUUCUGAGAAAAUGGAAGCAGAGAGACUGAAGAAGCUUUUCUGUAAAGUCCUCACUGUGGAGAAGGUGAACACCAAAGAGAACAUUAGCGGCUGGGUAUCUGAAUCACAGCAGAUGCGUGCCGAGCGUGGAAUGCAUGAGUCCAUGCUGGACAGAUACAUGUUCAUCCUCCUGUGGGCGUCGCAGGGUAACACAGGUCCUGCAUCAUUCUGGCUUCUUCUCUUCCUCAUGAAGCACCCAGAGGCCAUGAAAGCGGUGAAGAGCGAGGUCGAUGAGGUUCUGCAUGAAACCAGACAGGAAGUGAAGCGUGGUGGCCCGCUGAUUAACCUGACCCGAGACAUGCUUCUCAAAACCCCGGUUCUGGACAGUGCAGUGGAUGAGAGCCUGCGCAUGACGGCUGCUCCUGUGCUUACACGAGCCGUUCUGGAGGACAUGAGCCUGAAAAUGGACAACGGCCACGAAUACAAGAUCCGCAAAGGUGACCGUGUGUCCCUCUUCCCCUACACUGCUGUCCAGAUGGACCCAGAGGUGCACCCUGAUCCACUCACCUUCAAGUACAACCGCUUCCUCACACCCGACGGCAGAAAAAAGACAGAAUUCUACAAAGGAGGAAAGAAAGUGAAGUACUACAACAUGCCGUGGGGUGCCGGGGUCAGCAUGUGUCCCGGGAGGUUCUUCGCCAUCAACGAGCUCAAGCAGUUCGUCUUCCUCAUGCUCACAUAUUUUGACUUUGAGUUGAAGAACCCAGAUGAAGAGAUCCCAGACAUCGAUGUGAGGCGGUGGGGAUUCGGGAUGAUGCAGCCAACGCAGGACAUCCCAUUCAGAUACAGGCUCAGGUUUUAGACAAUGCAACUGUUCGUAUUAUUAACAUCUCGCAUUUUACCUUCAUGCUAGGUCAGUGUUUAUUACUAUUAUUAUUUUUAGUAUUAUUAAUAGCUUUGCUAAUCAUUCAUAUUCAUGUUUAAAGAAAGCCUCAGUUGUAAUAAUCUGUCUUUAUUGGUGAUCAAGAUGAAUGUAUAAAUAUUUUCCCAAGAUUAAACAAUUUCCUGCUUCAGACUGUAUACUGUAUAAAUAUUACAACGAGUUUUAUUUUGAUCUGUUCUACAGAAAGCACUUUAAGACUUGGCAUAAAUAAAAUAAUAUGAAGGAUGAAACAGAAAUAUUGACUUAUUUACUGCCUCAUGUGUGUGUAUAUGUCUCAGAAAGUUUCAGAAACUCGUUUCAGCAUCAGAUCCUCUGAAUAAACAGUUUCCUAUCA